AUGCAUGAUCAAAUUGAUAAGUUCAAGGAAUACGUAGCUCAGCAUUCAAUAUCGGAUGAUAAAGAUUUUCUCAAAAUUACUAAUUUCAGUAUCGAUGAUUUCUACCAAGAUAAUGAUGUAGGGUUAACACUAAUCGAAGCUUGUGCCUACUUUGGAUCAGUUAACAUAUUUUAUUUCUUAACUUCAAAUGAUAUUAGUAAAAUAACCGAAAACUGUCAUAGCUACGCAGUAAUUGGAGGAAAUCAAGACAUCAUCAAUGAAUGCUUGAAAGAAAAGAAAAUGGGCAUUGAUUGUCUCAGAAGUAUUAUAAGAACACACAAUCAUAAAUUGUUUGAAUAUGUUUUAGAUAGAAGUUUUUACAGGGUUGCUGAUUUAUACGGAAAGAAUUGGAAUUCGCCAAAAGAAAAGAAUUUGAUGCAUGAAGAAAAAUAUAAAUCCAUUUAUGAAGAUAUCAUCACAUAUCAAAACCUUAAUGCUGUAUUUAUUCUAUUCAAAAGGAACAAAAAAAUUAUCUUUCCGUGGGCUGCUGCAUUUCCGCAAACUAUAGAUAUUUUCAAAAAUAAUACAUUUUCUAACAAAGAUAAUCGCACUAAUUGUGGAAUUAUUCAUUUUGCAAGUAAAGCGCAAAAUUCUGAUAUUUGCAGAUUAUUACUUGAGUCAUACAAUCAAAUUAUAGUCGACACUAAUGAAGGAGAUGAAUGCAUUUCACAUGGUGUUAAUAUCAAUAAAAAAGAUAAAUAUGGAAAUACAGAUCUUUAUUAUGCAACAUGGAAUAAUAAUAAAGAAACAAUCGAGCUUCUUAUUGCACAUGGUGCAAAUGUCAAUGAAAAAUAUAAAAUUGGAAAAACCGCUCUUCAUGUUGCAGCAUUUAAUGAAAGUAAAGAAAUAGUUGAACUUCUUCUUUUACAUGGUGCAAAUAUCAACGAAAAAAUAAUAAUGGAAAAAUCGCCCUUCAUUUUGCAGCACUUAAAUAUUGUAAAGAAAUAG